GCGGCGGCCGCUCUGGGCUGCCGUGUCUAUGGUCGCGGCCAUGGCAACCGGGGGCAGCGCUGCCGGGGAGGCGGCUCCAGGCUCGCCAAGUGCCGUGCCCCUGGGAUCGGAGCGCCGUCCGGGAAAGCCAGCCGGCAGAGCAGGAGGGCGCGUGCCCGCGUGUGGAUGUGGAUGAGCGGACUUCGGUGCCAUGGCAGAGGCGCUGCCCGAACACAUAGUGAGGAGGAAAAAAAGCAUAUCUAUCGAGGAGAAAAUCGACAUCAUAAGCGCCGUGGAGAGUGGCAAGAAAAAGGCGGACAUUGCAGCCAAGUAUGGCAUAAAGAAGAACUCCCUGUCUUCGAUUAUGAAGAAUAAGGAAAAAGUUUUGGAAGCCUUUGAAACUUUGCGGUUUGAUCCCAAAAGGAAAAGGCUGAGGACGGCUUUUUAUGCCGACCUGGAGGAGGCACUGAUGAAGUGGUACAGGAUCGCGCAGUGCCUGAAGGUGCCGGUGAACGGUCCCAUGCUGCGCCUCAAGGCGAAUGAUUUUGCCCAGCAGCUCGGACACAGUGAUUUUAGGUGCAGCAAUGGCUGGCUCGAUCGUUUCAAGUCGAGAUAUGGUUUAGUUUUCAGAGCUCAGCCUGUAGAAGCAGCUGCAACUACUACAGCGGAUGCUCCAACCCUUUGGUACCAGAAUGUGCUUCCUUAUUAUUUAAAUGAUUAUCAGCCAAAAAAUGUGUUUCAUAUACAGGAGACUGGAUUGUUGUAUCAGAUGUUGCCACAUAACACAUUUGCAUUUAAAGGGGAAACUUGUUCUGUAGGUAAACUAAGCAAAGAGAGAAUAACUGUAGUGGUGGGGGCAAAUAUGGAUGGCUCCGAGAAACUUCCACUGCUUGUUAUAGGAAAAAGCAAAAGUCCACGGUCUUUCAAAGAUGUGAAGUCGCUUCCUGUGGAUUAUGAAGCAAAUGACAGGGCAUGGAUGACUCCAGAAGUGUUUGAACAGUGGAUGCAUAAACUCGAUGGCAGAUUUCAAGCACAGCAGCGCCGAGUGGUUAUUCUUGCUGAUUCUCUCCCAGCUCACACAGAGGUAAAGAACCUGAAGUCUGUCAAAUUAGUUUUCUUUCCUUCAGACUCCUCUUCAUGUAUAGCUGUGAAACAAGGGGUUAUCAGAAGUCUGAAGGUUAAAUACAGGCACUGUCUUAUCAAGAGAUUUGUUGAUUGUGUAGAAGGUAAUAAAGAGUUUAUGCUGACCCUUCUUGAUGCAAUUGAGAUGUUGUACCUGUGCUGGAGGGAAGUAACACCACAGACUAUUGUAAAAAGUUAUAAUGGAGAAGAAUUCAAAUUAGAAACUGAGACAAAUGGUAACAACAAAGAGAUUGAAAGUGAUCUUGAUUUGAUUGCUCACGCACAAGCAGCUGGAGUGGAGUUUCCAGAAGGCUUAUCUUUGGAGGAAUAUGCAGCUCUAGAUGAUGACUUGCUAACUUAUGAAGUGCACAUAAAUAAUGGAAUGAUGUGUGCCAAAGAAAGUGUGUCAGAUAAAGCUGGGACAUUUUUCGGUGAUGAAGAUGAGGAUGAGAAUGAAGGUGAUCAAUUUCAGGGAGCUGAACAGGUUUUGCCAUCGAAAAAUGAGGCUUUGAGUGCUUUAGAUACCCUUCGGAAGUUUCUCAGAAGUCAAGACACGGAUGAUUGUCUUUAUGAUUCCCUAGUUGACUUGGAGAAUUUUAUUCAACAUGUAGCAAGUAAAUAAAUAUUUUAGCAAAGUGGGGAAGCAUGUAAUUAGAAAAAAAUGAGAUUAUGUAAGUAAACAAAGACAGUUUAAAACAAGGAUUGCUGAAAUGUUCUCUGGUGUGUUUUGCUCAGGUGACUAGAUGUACAUAACAAAAGAAAUUUGAAAUUAUGGAAAAGGGCUGAAACCGAAAUUUUACACAAAAUUAGGAACAAAUGACACAAAUUUGGAGUGAGCCAAAUCCUGAAACUGAUAACUGUAGUAAGUAUAGUGGAGGAAAAAGAAGUUCGGUGCGCUCAGGAUAAACUCAUGACCACUUGGAAUUCUUUCUUCAGGAAGAGAUUAGCACUUCUACGCAUUAAUAAUUCCACUGGUGUCUUUGGUUUUUUGACGGUGCAGUAGUAAAUAUUUAUCAGCUCGGUGCCUUUGAUACAUAAGCAAGAAAUUGGAUAACACGGAAAAUACAUGCCUAAAUUCUGAGAAGUAAGGGUUUUUUAAAAUAAACAUUUUUGUCCUUAGUCAAGAAUUCUGGCCAUCAUUUAUUCUUGGAGCAAGUGAUGAACAGCGGAAAGUUACCACAGCUUUGGAUGUGUUGUUUUGUUUUGUUUUCUUAAAACUGUUCACAUGUGGAUACACACGAAUGGCAUAAUCAUUUAUCCAAGAGUCAGAAGACAAACAAAGCUUUACUUGGGCUGUGAAGAGGUCAAAAAGGAAGAUCAUUCUCUCCCUUUCAGCCUUUUCGGUACAUGGAUUUGAUGUAGGUCUUCCUCUGCAACUCCGUGUAUUUCUACAGUAAAUACAGAAAAAAGAAUCAGUUUUUGCAGCAUCUGCACUAAAACCCUCACUGAACUCUUGUUUUAUUUACAAUACUUGAAGACUUUGCUAUAGGAUUCAAUGCAUUAAUGUGGUUUGUCAUUUUAAGUCCCAUUAAGAAGAGUGCUGUUUGCACAAGUGCAGUAUGAAGUUGAGUAAAUUAUUGUACAUUUACAUGUCUUUGAGUAUGUGUUUCAGGCAACGUAAUCAUAGCAGAGCCAAAAACCAGAGUCUAUAUGAAAUGCCCUGCUUGUGGCUUUUUUCAAAACCUGUUUUAAAUCUUUUCUGUAUCUAUCAGUUAAAAUUUUUUUCAGAAGUUAGAUAUAAUUGUUCUAAUUUAGAGGAAGAAGAAAAUAUUUUAUGGAAGCCCUUUAGGAAGCCUGUGUAAUAACGAUCAUAUUAUGGUGCCUAUAAUUAAACCAUGGAAAAAAAUCUCAUGCUUAUUUGAUUCUUCACUUUUCAAUAAAUAGUUUGGCUAAA